GUUUCCCAAAUUGCACUGGAUCAACCCGUGGCCGAGGAAGGUAAAACAGAAGAAGAACAACGAAAAGAAAUUGAAGCAAAAGAUAUGGCCGCACAAGCACAAAUUCUGGAAAUGGUUGGCGAUUUACAUCAUGCAGACGAAAAACCACCCGACAACGUUCUAUUUGUGUGCAAAUUAAAUCCUGACCUCGAGAUUAUUUUUUCUCGUUUUGGAAAAAUAAAAUGUUGCGAAAUUAUUCGGGAUAGAAAGACCGGAGCCUCACUGCAAUAUGCGUUUAUCGAAUUCGAAGAGGUAAACUAUCUUCUCAAUUGUUUGUCCUUUAAAACGAAAGCUCACUGUGCGAUUUUUCUAUUAUGGAUUGAAAAUGUUUGA